AAAAUGGCUUGAAACUCAAAACCAUCAAAUAUUUCUUCUUAACCGCCCGCUUUCUCACUCCCUUCACUCUCUCUCCUCCUCCUCCUGCCGCCCACCACUGUAGUCUGCAGCAGCACUUCUCGACAUUUGCUCUGCGUUUCAUCAUCCAAACUUUGCAGACCUAAUUAUUCAUCUUCUCAGCUACAAUGAACUGCUCAAUAUCCGGUGAAGUACCGGAAGAGCCAGUUGUUUCUAAGAAAUCAGGUCUUCUCUUUGAGAAACGCCUCAUCGAACGUCACAUUUCGGAUUAUGGAAAAUGUCCAGUUACAGGAGAACCGCUGAGUUUGGAUGACAUUGUUUCAGUUAAAGCCGGAAAGAUUGUGAAGCCUAGACCUGUGCAGGCUGCUAGUAUUCCUGGAAUGAUUGGCAUGUUCCAAAAUGAAUGGGAUAGUUUGAUGCUCUCCAAUUUUGCUCUGGAGCAACAAUUAAAUACAGCGAGGCAAGAGCUCAGCCAUGCUCUCUAUCAGCAUGAUGCUGCUUGCCGUGUAAUUGCGAGGCUAAAGAAGGAAAGAGACGAGGCGAGGUCAUUACUGGCUCAGGCAGAAAGGCAGAUGCCCAUAUCAGGAGCAACAGGCAAUUCAAUACAUGCCCCAGUUAUGAGCAAUGGGAAAAGAGGUGCCGACGAAGAGGAUCUGGGCCCUGGAGGAAAGAAAGCCCGGCCAGGAAUUUCUACUAGUAUCAUUGCUGAGCUGACAGAUUGCAACUUAGAACUUUCACAGCAGCGUAAAAAGCGAACGAUACCUUCAACCUUGGCUACUAUUGAGGAUUUGCAGAGCUACACCCAGAUCUCCAGCUAUCCCCUUCACAAGACUAACAAACCCGGCAUACUAUCUGUUGAUAUCCAUCACGCUAAGGAUAUCAUUGCAACUGGAGGGAUUGACACGAAUGCUGUUGUCUUUGAUAGACCUUCUGGACAGAUUGUAUCUACCCUAAGUGGUCACUCAAAGAAGGUUACCAGCAUUAAGAUUGUACCACAGGACGAAAGUUUAGUUAUAACCGGAUCAGCAGACAAGACUGUAAGAAUAUGGCAAGGAUCAGAGGAUGGAAAUUAUGAUUGCAGGCAUGUUCUAAAAGACCACACAGCGGAGGUGCAAGCCGUUACAGUUCAUGCAACAAACAAGUAUUUUGUAACUGCUUCCCUUGAUAGUUCAUGGUGCUUCUAUGAUCUUGUUAGCGGAAUUUGUCUUUCACAGGUUACAGACCCUGAGGGUUCUGAGGGUUAUACAUCUGCAGCUUUUCAUCCUGAUGGUCUCAUCCUUGGAACAGGAACAACAGAUGCUCGUGUUAAGAUUUGGGAUGUUAAAACUCAGGCUAAUGUCGCCAAAUUUGACGGGCAUACAGGUCCUGUUACAGCCAUGUGUUUCUCUGAAAAUGGAUACUUUCUGGCGACUGCAGCUCAUGAUGGAGUAAAACUUUGGGAUCUGCGUAAAUUGAAGAAUUUUCGCUCGUUCCCUUCUCCUGACCCAGAUACCCCGACUAACUAUGUUGAUUUCGACCAUAGCGGGAGUUACCUUGCAGUUGCUAGUUCGGAUAUAAGAGUAUACCAAGUUGCAAGUGUCAAAUCAGAAUGGAAUUGUCUCAAGACUCUACCUGAUUUGUCUGGCACAGGCAAAGCAACUUGUGCGAAAUUUGGUCCAGAUGCAAAAUACAUAGCAGUGGGAUCAUUGGAUCGGAACCUUCGAAUGUUUGGCUUACCAGGGGAAGAUGGUGCUGCAGAAUCUUAAAAUGGUUAGUGGAUAGCUGUGUCUUGCCUGGUAACGGUUAUGGUUACUUGCAGUUUUGGGGUGCUCGAGUGGAGCCCUUUUGUUGGUCGAGCUAGAGCCGUAUAUCGAGUUCUUUCCUUCUAGUGCUCGGAAGUUCGAAAUGAAGUUAGAUUCAACUAGUGGUUGCUUUGCUGGUUUCAUGUGAAAUGCCUGUAAAAGCAGUAGAGUUCUAUAUUUUAUUAUUGUAUUCUAUAACAUUAGUAUAGGCGUGUACCUGAUGACCUGAGAUAUCAGAAUCUUUUUGCAUAUUGCGAUGAAUUUUGAUUCUAGUGUUCAUUAGUCAUUGUAACGGGUUGUCUUAGUUGGACAUUACCCUCUCCCCUUUCAGUGAUUACUUGAAUUUCCGAAUAUUUUUGCUCA